CAAGCCUGUUUUUUCUUCUUUUUCAUUUUCUCUCUCUCUCUCUCCCUCUCACCCGAUUUCACAAACCCAAACCCUAAUUUUCUCGGGACACUGAAAUUUUUACAGCUCCUUUCCUCUUCUUCACCACGAGGGGGAGAUUUGUCGGUGUUGAAUCUAGAGGGUUUAUUUUGUGGGUAUAACAAGGGUGGAGAGGGAAUGGAAUCAGAUCAAGGAAAGCUCUUUAUCGGCGGGAUUUCAUGGGAUACCGACGAGAAUCUUCUGAGAGAGUACUUCAGCAAUUACGGAGAGGUUUUGCAGGUCACUGUUAUGCGAGAGAAGGCUACUGGUCGUCCAAGGGGUUUCGGCUUCGUCGCAUUCUCCGAUCCCGCUGUUAUUGAUAGGGUUCUUCAGGACAAGCACCAUAUCGAUAAUAGAGAUGUUGAUGUGAAGAGAGCAAUGUCUAGAGACGAGCAGAAUCCUGCUGGGAGGCCAGGGAAUUUUAAUGCUUCUAGGAAUUUUGAUAGCGGUGCUAACGUCCGGACCAAGAAGAUAUUCGUGGGAGGUUUGCCUCCUGCAUUAACAUCAGACGAUUUUCGGGCCUAUUUUGAAACUUACGGUCCUGUGAGCGAUGCAGUCAUUAUGAUUGAUCAGACAACACAACGCCCCCGAGGGUUUGGAUUCGUUUCAUUUGACUCUGAAGAUUCUGUUGACCUUGUUUUGCACAAGACUUUCCACGAUUUGAAUGGUAAACAAGUAGAAGUUAAAAGAGCUCUUCCAAAAGACGCUAACCCUGGAGUAGCCAGCGGUGGUGGUCGUGGUAGUGGUGGCUCUGGAGGUUUUCCUGUCUAUGGUGGUUCUGGUGGAAGUGGCUACGAGGGUCGUGUUGAUUCCAGUAGAUACAUGCCGCCUCAAAACGCUGGAAGCGGUUAUGCUCCUUAUGGUGCUUCUGGAUAUGGUACUGGUUAUGGUUAUGGUAGCAACGGUGUAGGUUAUGGGGGUUUUGGAGGGUAUGGGAAUCCAGCUGGUGCGCCUUAUGGGAAUCCUGGUGUACCUGGAGCUGGGUUUGGAAGUGGUCCAAGAAGUUCUUGGGGAGCUCAAGCACCAUCGGGUUAUGGUAAUGUUGGAUAUGGAAAUGCUGCUCCUUGGGGUGGUUCUGGUCCUGGUUCAGCAGUGAUGGGUCAAGGAGGUGCAUCUGCAGGUUAUGGCAGUCAAGGUUAUGGCUAUGGUGGAAAUGAUUCCUCUUAUGGGACUCCAUCUGGUUAUGGUGCAGUUGGUGGACGGUCUGGUAGUAUACCAAACAGCCAUGGUGGUGGAUAUGCUGAUGCUUCAGAUGGUUCUGGAGGGUAUGGGAAUCACCAAGGGAACGGGCAAGCUGGUUAUGGUGGAGGUUAUGGAAGUGGUAGGCAAGCUCAACAACAGUGAUUGAGGAAUGAAGACUAGUACGAUGUGGUUUUAUCACUGACCUUGGAAACCUCCUCUUUCUGGUCUAAUGAUGCCACUUCGGGGGCGGUUUGACCCAGGAGGUUGACCUACGCUGGAUUUAUCUCUUUUGUUAGUUUCUCAAUAAGUUGUUUUUCAGGCACUGUGGAUGCUGAGUCGUGCUUAGUAUUUCCUAUGAAGUUGUAGUUUUUUUUUUCAGUUUGCGUGCUUAUUUAUAUUUGUCGCUUUUUGGAAUGGUUUUCUUUCUCUAUCCUAGUGUUUGUGUUUAACAUUAACUCCUCCAGGCUCCAGAUUAUCAUAAUUCAUCUUUUCUUUGCUGCA